AUAGCCACCACUCGAAUUGAAGGGUAUUAAGAAGAAGAAAAAAGAAAUAGCAAAUAGAAAAAAAAGAAAAGGAAGAAAGAAGGGUUAGUUUUUUUGGUGGUAAAGGAAGAGAGAGAGAGAGAGACAGAAGAACCAACUCUUCCCGUCCGUCCUUCGAGACGGUCUUCCCCCCCCUUUCUCUUCUUCACCCCCCCCCCCCCCAAGGUUGAUCUGCAUUUGAAUAUUAAGGUUCCUGAUUUAUUUUAUGAAACAUGGAUGGAGUUCUUUUCUGGUCAAGCAGCCACAAGUAUUGUUUAUUUUCAUUUCAAGAGAUGCUCGACUGGCGGUUCUUCAUGCUUGGGGAAUUUCUUUUGGUUUCCUUUGUUAAUUGCACUUAGUUGUCCAUUCUCCUUUAGCAAUCAGCACAGUUUGUGUGAUGCUUACUUUUUCUGAGAGAAGUGCUGCAUCUUUAGGGAAAUUGUACAAUGCAUUGCUGACCCAACAUCCAGUUGAAACAUCUGAACAAUCCACUUCUGGGGGAAUGAAGUAGAUAAACUGGUGUCUGAUGUGGAUAUUGCCUGUAUCUUUGCCGUUGGAUAAGCAAUAGCAUUAAAACAGUGCAGAUUAUAGUUUUUACCUGAAAUUUCUUUAAUAACAUCUAUGUAGACUAGACGAAGUGGCUAUUAUUGAAGUUCUUAAGUUUUGGGUCACAGUGAUUUUAGCUAGAGUUUAAUCCUGUAGCUUUGAUCAAUCAUUUCGGUUAGACCUAGGAAGUGUCAUUAUGAUCUCCAUUAAUUGUUCAUUUCUACCUCCUGCAUCCUUCUACCUCUAUAAUACCACGGGUCUAUUAAAGUAUUAAUCAAUAAGGCUGUGCAUCCCUUCCAUCAGAAAGUUUCUGAUUUUUGCCAAUUUUUUGCCUUGACAAAGAAUUGACAGUGGAAAUUUUGCUGGACCAGUAGAUAUCUGUAAUAUUUUACACUCCUUUUCAGCAUUCUCUACUAGAGAUAAAUACCACCUAUCUUUUGAAUAAAGAUCUGCUUUGGGUUCUGUGGGAACAAUGGAGAGGUACAAAUUAAUUAAGGAAGUUGGUGAUGGUACAUUUGGGAGUGUCUGGAGAGCCAUUAAUAAGCAAAGCGGUGAAGUUGUUGCGAUCAAGAAAAUGAAGAAGAAAUAUUACUCUUGGGAGGAGUGUGUAAACCUGAGAGAAGUCAAGUCACUACGAAAAAUGACUCACUCAAAUGUUGUGAAGCUGAAGGAAGUUAUUCGAGAAAGUGACAUUCUGUACCUUGUUUUUGAGUACAUGGAAUGUAACCUCUACCAACUUAUGAAAAAAAGGGAAAAGCCGUUUUCUGAAGAUGAAGUUAAAAAUUUGUGUUUUCAAGUUUUCCAAGGUCUUGCAUACAUGCACCAGCGUGGAUACUUUCAUCGUGAUCUAAAGCCUGAAAACUUGUUAGUCACCAAGGAUAUUAUCAAAGUUUCUGAUUUCGGCCUAGUGCGAGAGAUCAGCUCACAACCACCCUAUACCGAGUAUGUCUCCACACGGUGGUAUCGUGCUCCUGAAGUUUUGCUUCAGUCUUCCCUUUAUAGCUCCAAAGUUGACAUGUGGGCUAUGGGUGCUAUUAUGUCUGAGUUGUUCACUCUCAGUCCUCUAUUUCCGGGUACCAGUGAAGCAGAUGAGAUCUACAAAAUAUGCAGUGUGAUAGGUAGUCCAACUGCUGAAUCCUGGACUGAUGGUCUCAAACUUGCUAGGGAUAUCAACUAUCAGUUUCCACAGCUAGCUACUGCAGAUCUCUCUCUACUGAUUCCAUCCAGAAGCGAUGAUGCAAUCAACCUUAUAAAAUCACUAUGUUCAUGGGAUCCCUGCAAGAGACCUUCUGCAUCAGAGGCCCUUCAGCAUCCUUUCUUCCAGAGUUGCUUUUACAUUCCUCCAUCGCUUCGCAACAGAGCAGUAGCCAGAACUCCUCCAUCUGCUGGAAUAAGGGGAUCGGUGGAUCGACAAGGGGUCAAGAGACUUUCUGGUGCAUUGCCUAAUUCAAAACUUGCCACAAAUUUUUCUUCCCCCAAAUUACGUCCUGCUUUAGCUCCAGGUGUGCAACGAAAGCUGGAUAUGGCAAAUGAGGAUGGAAUUAAAAAUAAGAAACCAGUGAAGACUACUCAACAAUCAAAAUAUCAACCGCCAGGAAAAGACAGCCCGACUUCUAUAAACAAGUGGAGGACUGCACGUGGAGUUUCAGCAACAGCUGACAAGUUAGCCAACAUGUCAAUGGCUACUCGAAGACAAUCCUUGGGUCAAACCCGUCCACCUCCUAUGAAGGCCGGAGUUAAUUGGAAUUCUGAAUCUGGUAACAUCCUGCUCAGGUCCUCCCAACAGAUUCCAACUGGAAGAACUUUCACGAAAAGGGUUGCUGGAUGAGAUGAUAAGUAUUUGCCGACCUCCAAAAUUCAUUGAUGAUCAAUAUGUUGAAUGUUCGAGUGCAAAUCUUCCGGAAGUAUGUGCCUUUGCACCUGGUGAAGUGUAACAUACUACUCCUGCUUUUGUUGCUGUUAAGCGUUUUAUCUUUGUAUUGUGUACAUCGUGUACAUCGAUACACCAACUCCUGUUACACAGUUAUGCUGAUGCUUUUUAGUCUUUGAUGCAAUUCAACAUGUUGUGAUAAUAUUAGAGUAUAGGACUGUGUUACGGUUAGUUGGGUAAUGAUUGAUUAUUUUUGGACAUGCUUGCUGAGGAGUGUUCAACCACCAUCAUCUUCACAAACUUUGCAGAGCUUGUAUUGUAAUGAAGUUAUUCUUUUUAAUAAAUAUUGAAGUAUUGAAUUUCUGAUA